CAGGCAUACUCUGAUACAUUUACUAACCUCGAUUGCGACAGGCCUCAUUACCAGUCCUCUUGUCCUGCUCGGCCUUCCAACUCCAGCUAUUUUCCCGGACUCAGAAGCAACUCAUUCUUCAGUUGCGCCAUUAAGCUAUCAUAACCCUCUAGAGGUGACAAAGAAUUGUCAGGCGGAUCUUGUUGAAGAUAAACAUUGUAUUGAUACAAGACAUUAUGUUGAAACUCCAGUCGUAACUGAUGGUAAAAUACUCUUUUCUGCCACUUCUGCAGACCAUAAACGCUUACACACUCAAGAAUCUACUAUUAGUGCUGGACUGGAUUCGCACCAGCAUUGUGACGGCUGCCAAAGAGGAACUAAACGUCUGGCCGAGUUUCGGACCUGGAUUCCAGCACUAACAGAGACAGUUGUUGGUGCAGCUGCAGCUACAUGCUUGCCAAGUUCCGUUGUGGCUUCCCUCUCAACUGAGAAUGAAUCUGAGGAAUUUACAGAGGCUACGUUUAACCGUCGUCUUUUAGUUGGCCAGCUCACAGUGCUCCAGGCCAACCUAAUUACAACUCUACUUUAUAGUCCUAUACUUUGUCAUCGGAUUAACCCUUUUCUCAUAAUCUCGUCCACACCUGAUCAGGCCUCCGGAAUGGUAUCAGCAACUGGGACUCUGCAUCCAACGGUCUGUCUUGAAUUUUGUCUCUCAGUGCUGGAAGGAAUUCAUAAUCUUGCCAACAAAAUGUCUUCUCUUAAAGGAUUAAUGGCCUCGCAGAACUCUGGAUUUGAUGACCUCAGCACCGAAUCCUCCUGGCUAGUUCGUCUUAUUUGUGGCAAUCCUUGGGGUUCGUUUGGCAUACCUGCAGCCAGAAAUAAUGAUUCUCAACUUCACUGUAUAAGUUCUUUGGCCAAUUUGCCAACUCCUGAUAAGGCGCCCCUCGCCACUAGUCUCCUUCAAACAGCCAUCUUAGAUGGACAUGGUAUAGGGUAA